UCGGCUGCCACUCCGUCGUUAGACUUAACCACCGGCCAUCGUCACUUGACGUGAGGCCUGCCCAAGCCCAGUUACUUGACCGUAAAUAUGGUGCCUCCGAUUGGUUUGUGUUUGCUAAUCCGCGCGUUCCCUGUUUGUUUUAAGUUACAAUUGCAAGCAUGGACCUCCUGUGCUUAUUUGUGCACUUUUCAGCUUUUGUUCCAUUCUCUUUGUUGAUGUUUCCAUGUUUCUGAUCCGUAUGUCAUAGUCAGGUAAUACACACACAGUUAAAGGCGCCCAGACUUUGGUCAUUAGGUUUUCACGGCCACCAACCAUUGAGCAACCUGUCCUGCCCAACGCCACAUUUCUUAAAGUAUAUAAGAGCGGUCCUUAAAAGGUUUAAUGUCUUUCUCACGUCAUUCUCUCUUUGUCUUCUCACCAUUCCCCCCCCUUGCCCUCACCAAAAAAAGACAGAUCCCCGUAUAGCCUUAACAGAUUGUUGGGGGAAGUGCUGUAAGCGACCAUCUAUGAAGCCCGGCACGGCACACGAGGGGGUGGUUGGCCAGCAACACGCCCGACUGCCUUUGUCUCCCCAGUGGUGAUGUUUACUACACACCGCACCAGGCGGAGGGCGGUGGCGCGGUAGACAGAAUGGCGGCGGAGGGUGUGCCGCGGUAUGAGGAGGCGGUGGUGAUCCUGGACGCAGGCGCGCAGUACGGCAAGGUGAUCGACAGGCGCGUGCGGGAGCUGCUCGUGCAGUCCGAGAUCCGGCCGCUGGACACGCCGGCCUUCGUGCUCAAGGAGCAGGGCUUCAGGGCGAUCAUCAUCUCCGGGGGGCCCAACUCUGUGUACGCGGAGGACGCGCCACGGUUUGACCCUGCCAUCUUCACGCUUGGCGUCCCCGUGCUCGGCAUCUGCUACGGCAUGCAGAUGCUGAACAAGGUCUUUGGUGGCACGGUGCACCGGACCCCGACGCGGGAGGACGGGCAGUUCGCCAUCAGCAUCGACAACAGCUGCUCCAUCUUCCGGGGCCUGCAGAAGGAGGAGGAGGUGCUCCUCACGCAUGGGGACAGCGUGGACAAGGUGGCCGAAGGCUUCAAGGUCGUGGCACAGUCCGGGAACCUCGUGGCCGGAAUUGCCAACGAGGGCAAGAAGCUGUACGGCGUGCAGUUCCACCCGGAGGUGGACCUGACGCCGAAAGGCAAGAAAAUGCUGCGCAGCUUCCUCUACGAGGUGGCGGGCUGCAGCGGCCUCUACACUGUGCAGAGCCGGCAGGCCGAGUGCAUCCACACCAUCCAGCAGCGAGUGGGCACCUCCAAGGUGCUGGUGCUACUGAGCGGCGGCGUGGACUCGACGGUGUGUGCGGCUCUGUUGAGCCGCGCGCUGCCCGAGGAGCAGCUCAUCGCCGUGCACAUCGACAAUGGCUUCAUGCGGCGGCGCGAGAGCAGCGCCGUGGAGGAGGCACUCAAGAAGCUCGGCCUUAAGGUUACAGUGGUGCGCGCCAUGCACACGUUUUACAACGGCACGACGACGUUGCCCAUCUCGGAGGAGGACCGCACAUCCCGCAAGCGCAUCAGCAAGACGCUCAACACCACGAGCUGCCCGGAGGAGAAGCGCAAGAUCAUUGGCGACACCUUCGUCAAGGUCGCCAACGACGUUCUGGAGGAGAUGAACCUCAAGCCGGAGGAGGUGUUCCUGGCGCAGGGCACGCUGCGGCCCGACCUCAUCGAGAGCGCUUCCCUGCUGGCCAGCGGCAAGGCUGACCUCAUAAAGACGCACCACAACGACACGGAACUCAUCCGGCAGCUGCGAGACAAGGGCCGGGUGGUGGAGCCUCUGAGGGAUUUCCACAAGGACGAGGUGCGGGCGCUGGGCCGGGAGCUGGGCCUGCCCGAGGAGAUCGUGUCGCGACAUCCAUUCCCAGGACCCGGGCUGGCGAUCAGAGUGAUCUGUACGGAUGAGGCGUACAUCUGCAAGGAUUUCCCCGAGACGAAUCUCCUCUUAAAAAUCAUCACGGACUUUGCUGCCAGCAUAAAAAAGCCUCACGCGUUGCAGCAGAAGGUGAAGGACUGCACGACAGAGGACGAGCAGGAGAGGCUGACGGAAAUCACAGGACGAAACUCGCUGCACGCCUUCCUGCUCCCUGUCAAGUCCGUGGGCGUGCAGGGAGACUGCCGCACCUACAGCUACGUGUGCGGCCUCUCCUCCAAAAGCCCCGUGCACUGGAAGUCACUCUUAUACCUUGCCAAGCUCAUCCCCAGGAUAUGCCACAACAUCAACCGGGUGGUGUGCGUGAUGGGGGAUCAGGUGAGGGAGCCACCCACGGAUGUGACGCCCACCUACCUCACCUCGGGGGUGCUCAGCACGCUGCGGCAGGCUGACCACACGGCGCACACCAUCCUGAGGGAGUCUGGCUACACGAGCAAGCUGAGCCAAAUGCCGGUGAUCUUGGUGCCGCUGCACUUUGACCGCGAGCCGCUGCUCAAGCUGCCCUCGUGCCAGCACUCGGUGGUCGUCCGCACCUUCAUCACCAACGACUUCAUGACAGGGACGCCCGCCCUGCCCGGCAAGCACCUGCCUGAGGAGGUGGUGUACAAAAUGGACGAGGAGAUCCGCAAGAUCCCGGGCAUCUCUCGGGUGAUGUACGACCUGACGGCCAAACCUCCUGGCACCACGGAGUGGGAGUAGCGCCGGCGACGGCUUGAAAAUCCUCACCGACUCAAUAAUAAAAUACCACACAUUCUCAGGCCCUUUCAUUGUUCGAAUGGAUGUACAGGAGUGCAUUGUGUAUUUUAGUUUUUAAUAACUCUGUGUUAUUAUUCUCUUGUCUGUUUUUAAAGUGCAGAGGCAGAGUGAGUAAGGGGGGGGGGGGUGAUUGGGUACGGGGUGAGAGGUGCACACGUGGUGCCUAUUAUUUUUGCAAACCGCAGAGCUGGGAUGGGUACGUGUUUUUUGCCAGUGAGCUUUUUGUUUUUGUGCGCAUUGUUGCGCCCCGCUCACCGAGAUAUCGAACUCAGUGUUUGUCGCGAAUUAGUCCCGGGAAAGUCAAGAGGAUCACAUUUUCUAAAUGACGUGGCAAGCUUGACUCUCUAUGGUUUUUAUCUACAGGACUCAUGUUGCUUGUGUCCGCAAAACUGUAUGCAGCAGAACAUGAGAUGGGACGUUUAUAAAUCUACAAAGUCCCAAACGUAGCGCUGCUGUUCCUGCAUUGGCUUUAUAAAAUAUAUAUAAUAAAGUGAAUUCAAAAGUGCCGAAAGUUACAGAAUGUUCGAUGGGAAAAUUGAAUGUUGCCAAGAAAGACAUGGACGCAUAUAAUAUUACUUUAUCCCCAAUUUAGCCUUACAUAUCAUCAUCCAGGCACAUAUUGUUAGUGAGUGCCUAUGAAGGGCCAACAGGGGUGUUAUGGCAAGGACCACAUCCACCCUCCUUUGUCUCAUCAGUUCUGACCUUUGCAGAGCACCGCGUGCACUGUCAUGCAAACCACUGCUCCACAAUUUACACGCCCGUUGGAGGGUUGACAUAGAAAGCUCGGCUAUGAGCAUUCCUCGGUAAGUUCAGCACAAAUAAAUGGCCAGUGCCACAGUGUUAUUUUCAGGACUGGGAAAGACAAAGGCUGCCAGGGCCUGGCAUGUUGCCACAUGCCUGCAAAUUGGUGCUUUGAGAAACCAUUGCAAGAAUUGCGGGGCGACCAUGCGGUGUGACGGUGCAGCAGCGAGGGUUGUGUUGUAUCCCCGCGUAUGCCAUGGGUCUUUUGAUUUCGUCCCACCUUGCAAGACGCCCAUAAUUGGGAGUGACCAAACAGCCCCCGCAGGAGCCUCCGGGAGAAGCUCUCGAGACUCUGGGACUUUCCGUUAUAAAAUAACAUGGUCAUCUUUUUGUAUUAUAUUGCUGGUGACAUGACUAGUCCCUUGUGUUAAUCAUGCAAGCCUUAAUAGGUGCUCGCUAACAUUUUAUUGGAGGAUCGUAUUUCACUCGCAUACACAGGGACCAUGGUUUUGGUAGAUGCCCUUAAGGUAUUAUGGGGUAGGGCUGAACAAAGUUGGUCACUACUGACGCCCUUAUUUUGCAAAGUCUUUAAUUAAUGCUGAUUAACAAUAAAAGUUUAAAACUGAAAGAAGUCCUGUUAUUUAUCGUAUCGUGCUAAAUCUAUAUUCUUUGUUUAGCUAUCAUGGUUUGGGCGCCACACUGGCGAGAUGUUAACUACCUCGCCUGGUAUACAGGAGGACGUGGGUUCAAUCCCGACCCUGACGCCUGCUGUAUAUUUGGAGUGUGUGUGUCUCCCUGUGGUCGUGUGGAUUUUUUCCAGGUCCUUCGCUUUUCCCCUCCACAGUUAGAAUUAACGCGCGUUUCGAGUAUUUGGCUGCUAUACAUUUCCACGUGAUAAGCCACUUCGUUGGGCUGUCAUUUGUGGCCAAGUCGCUUCUGAAAAAGAGCUGUGUGGCUCAGUGGCGCCUUACCUGGUAAAAUAAAAAAAUGCUUUUAGAUUAUUCUUUUUGCCUUUUUAUAAUACAUUUAAUCUCUGAUGCUACCUUUUGAGCCCCUCCACAGGGCACUUGGGCCACGCGUUAACAACGUGCCGGUUGUGUGUGGGGUGGGGGCUCACCCAAUUGAAUUCACCGCAGCUGGAACUACCGAAAUACAGGAGGAUUGAGUACCGUGAUGUGAUGUGUCCAAACUGGGGAGGGGGGUCUACUAUCUGAGGAAAGGUUAAUCUUAUUGCAAUGGGAAAGUCAUGUUUUAUACAUGUUACAUAUACACAUGGUUUGUUUGGGUAAAGAGAUUAAUCUUGAUUUGAAGCUUUCGUGACUGCAGGAAUCCAUACUCUGGUUCUUUCGGUAAAGUCACGUAGCUAGAAAAUAAAAGAAAUGACGUUUCGAAAAAUAUAAUUUUGAAGGCAGUUUAUAUUUUUUCUGCCUGAAGACGACCGCUUGUGUUGCCAUCGAAACGUCGUGAUUUAUUUUAUUUUAUACCCACGUGACUUUACCGAAAGAACCAAAGAGUCGAGAUAGAUUAAGUUUAACCUCGAUAGGAAAAGGCAGUUUCUUCCAUUCUACUUCGUUGCAUGGAGUAAGCGUUUGCCCCCAUCCAGCCCUGUCAGCAUUCAUGGCUUUUCUUAUUCUCCCGUGAGAACAUGACAGCUGGGUGCUUGUGAACGAGCAGGGCUGUGUUGAGAGAAAUACGAGCGAUGUAUGGAAUUGAGUAAAGGUAGAGAGCCGUGGAACAAGCUGUAAUAAAUCACGUGGUGCCGGUUAUCCAGUCUCGGCCAAACUUUCUUGCACCGGAACAGGACAAGCAUCACCCACCUGCCUUGUCAAUCGGCUAAAAUACAUUGCGAAUAAAUGAUACUCAAGAUGAAGAAGGUGUAAUCAUGACAGAAGCCGCAGCUGCUGCACAGUCGACCUGCAACCUCCCAAAGUUUUGCCCGAGCAGUAUCCCAUCUCCUGGACUUGCCCCUUGGGUUAUCGGACUUGUCGAGGCCACUCCCGAUCCCGGUCUUGGCAGUCGGCCGCUCCUCCCUUCCUGCACCACCGGAUAGCAAGGUUGGCUACGUACGGUGCAAAAGAAGUUCACAUGUCUCACGCAGCACAACCGUUUUUGCCACGUUCUCUUCCAGGCGUGUGCAUUGCUUAUCCCGUCCUGCCACGAAAUUCCGAGCAUUCAUCUGGGACGCCUGUGCUCAAAUGCUACAAUUGUUUUUUUUUAUUGUUUUGGAUGUAUGUACGUACAAGUAUGUUGAAUUUCUUUCGCACCGUGCGUAGCCAACCGUGAUAAUCGGAUGUGCGGGGGAAUGACAACAAACAAAACAAGAAGCAGUUCUAAAAUAUUAUUUAUUUUUUCAUUCUAGAUUUAAAAGUGCGUCGCUUUAGUGGCUUCCGAAUAUCGGAAGGAAGAGCGUUCCAGACGGCCGCAGAAGCGCAUCUGAAAGGGCGCGAUGCAGUGACCGUCUUUGUUCGAUGGUUAGCCAAAAGCCACUGCGAGGAUGACCGGAGUUCGCGUGCUAGUUUAUGCCCCUUGAGAUUAGCAAGGCAUUGUGGUCCAUUUGUGGCAAGCAUUUUGUGUGUAAUGAGUGCGGCCUCUCAUCCAUCCAUCACUCCUGACUCACACCCCACCCUUGACUCCGAUUAAUCUCUCGUCUCCAAAGUGCUAAUGAAUGAUCCUCGGUCAUGUAUAUGUUAAAAACCAGCAACUCUAAACAAAGAACCGGAAUUUACCCUCUGAUCUUAAGGAAUGUGUAACUGCUGGGGGCUUGUUUUCGCACUUUUCCGGGUCGCUGUAUGGUAGAACAGAGUCGGCACGUGGAUAGCAGUUACAGCUAUAUGAAGAGGGUAUACUGUAUGUGGUGUACCGGGUACAUACAUUUUCUGGUCUUUCUGAAAUGAAGACUUGAUUACAACUAACACAAUUGCUGUAACGGGAUUACUACUGCUCUACCAACAUUAGAAGCAUGUACACCACACUGUAAGAUGCUGAUAUUUUGCCCAGGCCAAAUUCGAAUCCGAAUAUGUAUUUAUACUAGAGGAAUAUUUUGCUGGUACCGCCUGAGGUUGCAUAGCUUUAGUGGUUCGAAUUUCGUUGUGGCCAAUAACAGCGAAUUAUGUGAUAAACCAUUAUCCAAAACUCCACUCUUAUUGGUGGUGAGAUGUUCGCUCCAUCGCCCGGUAUACAGGAGGUUGUGGGUUCGAACCCGACCCUGACACCUGUAUAUUUGGAGUUUGCAUUUUCUCCCCUCGGUCGCGUGGAUUUUUCUCCGGGUCCUCCCGAGUUUACCCUCCA